AGAAAAAGAUUUCGCGAAGAAGCAUCGCGCACGCCUGCGAAUUUAUAAAUUCCAGCUGAUUAAUGUUUAGCCACAACAAAAUAUAAUUUCAACAAGUACUUUCUACAUUAUUACUGCUAAACAUGGUUAACUUAACGUUGGAACAUACUUUGCAAGGCCAUAAAGGUCGAAUUUGGGGAGUCGCUUGGCAUCCAAAAGGUAAUGCAUUUGCUUCAUGUGGCGAAGACAAAACGAUACGCAUUUGGUCAUUAUCCGGAAACAACUGGACUACGAAGACCAUCCUAUCUGAUGGUCAUAAGCGCACUAUACGUGAAAUUAGUUGGUCACCUUGUGGACAGUACUUAACGUCGGCUAGCUUUGAUGGCACGACAGCUAUAUGGUCGAAAUCGACAGGAGAAUUUGAAUGUAUCGCCACUUUAGAGGGUCAUGAAAAUGAAGUUAAAAGCGUUAGUUGGUCUAAUUCUGGCAAUCUUUUGGCCACUUGCUCUCGUGACAAGUCAGUAUGGGUUUGGGAAUUGGCCGGCGAAGACGAGUUCGAUUGUGCUGCUGUACUUAAUUCUCACACACAAGAUGUUAAGCGAGUUGUAUGGCAUCCGAAAAAAGAAAUACUGGCAUCCGCUUCUUAUGAUAAUACAAUACAAUUGUACGCUGAAAAUGCUGCCGAUAACGACUGGUAUAGUACGGCAACUUUGGAAUCGCACACCAGUACGGUAUGGGGUAUCGAUUUCGACGCAGAUGGCGAGCGUUUGGUAUCUUCCAGUGACGACAAAACAUUGAAAAUCUGGCGCGCAUAUCAUCCAGGAAAUGAGGAAGGCAUUUAUACACCAGAUAACGAAACGGUUUGGAAAUGUGUAUGCACUAUUUCUGGUGAGCACUCGAGAGCAAUUUAUGACGUUUCGUGGUGCAAACAAUCGGGUUUAAUUGCCACUGCUUGCGGAGAUGAUGCGAUACGCAUAUUUAAAGAAGAUGCAAACUCACAAAAGAACGAACCAACAUUUUCAAUGAUAACGUCAGAAGAUAAAGCACACUCACAAGAUGUGAAUGCCGUCAAAUGGAACCCAUCGCAACAAGGCCAAUUGAUUUCAUGCAGUGACGAUGGUACAAUAAAAAUUUGGAAGUGCACAGAGUAAAUAGCUGUCAUAAAAGUUCAUUGACUCACACAUUAACACAAUGCCUCAACGUCAUUGACCAACAACCAACCUCAGCGUGCCU